CUGUACCCUCCUCCUAGAGUGUAGGACAGUAGACCACAGUCUAGGACCUAGACGUAGCUACAAACCUAGAAUAUUUUUGGUUUAGCGAAGGCUAAAGGCCUAAGAAACUCGUCAUAAACAUUGGUAAUUUAUACAAUAAUUUGAGAAAAGUAGUAGCAACUCUGCAUAGUAAGUCACCUCGCACGAUAGCUUCCCAAAUUAUUUUACAGUUUUGUUUCCAUGAACACACGGUCCACUGGUACCGUUCAAGUUGCAUUGAUCGAUGAACGAAGCCGGCUGCCCAGACUGGACAUCGCUUAUCAACAGCUCUUAAUUCUCCAAUUAUUUUCAUAUCACUUUUCAGAAAUUGUUGUUUAUACUUUAAUAUGAUAUUUUAUAAAUACUCAAUAUACCUAAUGGAAUAGGUAUAAUCUUCUCAUAUAAUAUAAUAAUAGAUAUGUAGUGUAUACAUUUUCUGUAAAUCGUUAUUUUAAUUCAUAUUAUGUGACAAAUAAUGUAAUUUAUCGCCGCAUUAUAUGGCUUUGGGAAGUUCUUCAAAUAGUCCACAAAAAUGCUUUGUAAAAUUAUACAUUUAUUGUCAGUCUACUGACAAAUUAUAAUUGCAAGAAAAUACCACACAUCAAAUGGAUAUCGCUAAAUGGAUUGUAAUUUUACUCAUUGAAUGUUGUGUACUUUUUAAAGAAACUACACAAGUUGAUAAUUCAAAAGGGUAUUGUGCACAAUAUAAUGGAAAAGUGUGUAGAAAGUACUUGAAUGCUUCAACACUAAUAUGGUUUAACAAUACAUUGGAAAAUGAAGGAAGCGAACAAAACGAAAUAAUUACUGCAGGAUUAUGGGAUGAAAUGUUACCAAGUUUUUCAAAAACUUGCAAGCCAGCAGCCGAAAAAUUGUUAUGUGUGUAUGCAUUUCCUCAUUGCCAUCAAGAUAGUUAUUUACCCCUUUGUUAUGAAGAUUGUAUUGCUGUUCGAGAACUAUUUUGCUAUAAAGAAUGGGCUUUAAUUGAAGCGAACAAGCAAAGAGGCAUUUUUUACAAAUCUAAAGGCCAUUUUUCUUUACCAAAUUGUGAGAGUCUACCACGAUAUACCCAAAACAGUAAGCCAGUAUGCUCACAUGCUAUGCUUACGGAAUUUAAACAAGACGAAGUCACAACUGAUUGCAUCCGCGGAAAUGGUCGUUUCUAUCAAGGAACAUUAAAUGUUACAAAGUCUGGUUUGACAUGCCAACGAUGGGACUCUAAAGUACCUCAUGAGUUUAUAAGACCCCCAAAUGUGUUUCCCGAACUUAAAAACUCAGAAAACUAUUGUCGCAAUGCAGGAGGUGAAGAACCAAGUCCUUGGUGUUACACUAUGGACCCUGAUGUAAGGUGGCAAAAAUGUGAAAUACCGCUUUGUGAUAAAAACAUAACUGCCGAGGUGAUUCAUCCAAAAGUGGAUACAACUCAUAAUGUUACCACUAUCAGCACCCUUUCAUUUGAUAAAAUUUUGAAUUAUCUUCAAGUUUUUAUUGACCAGACUUCAACCACCCAUUUACACAUAUUUCUUGUGAUUGUUGGAAUAUUAAUUGUAUUAGUUUCUAUUUUAAUAUUAGUGUUGUGCAAUAAAUUGAUGUCCAAUAAGUCAUCAUAUAGAUCAACAUUAACUCGAGAUAUUGAUAUUGAUUUGGAUAAGUUACCCAGCAAUUCUGCCUAUCACCAUUAUGGAAUGUGUUCAAACCCUAAAUUAGAAAAACUCGAAUUCCCCAGAAACAAUAUAAUUUACGUAAAAGACUUGGGACAAGGUGCAUUUGGUCGUGUAUUUAUGGCCAAAGCUCCUGGUUUAUUAAAAGAUGAAGAAUUUACAUUAGUUGCUGUAAAAAUGCUGAAAGACGAAGCUUCCAAUGAUCUGCAAGUUGAUUUUGAAAGAGAAGCGUGUUUACUUUCAGAAUUUGAACAUCCUAAUAUUGUGAAGUUACUUGGCGUAUGUGCACUAGGAAAACCUAUGUGCUUACUUUUUGAGUACAUGGGACGGGGUGACUUGAAUGAAUUUCUUCGUUCUUGUGCGCCUAGUAAUUAUAUUGUUCAUUCGGUCGAAGCUAGGGGAGAUGUCUAUCGUGAUAUUAAUUUAACAAAUUUAGAUAUGCUGAAAAUUGCACAGCAAAUAGCUUCUGGUAUGGUGUAUUUGUCUGACAGAAAGUUUGUACAUAGGGACUUGGCGACCAGAAAUUGUUUAAUUGAUGACACAAUGACUGUUAAAAUUGCCGAUUUUGGACUGUCUCAAAAAAUGUACUUACAAGACUAUUACAAAGGCGACGAACAUGAUGCCAUACCCGUACGAUGGAUGCCGUUGGAAAGUAUUCUCUAUAACAAGUACACAGUAGAAUCGGAUGUUUGGGCUUUUGGCGUAUGUCUUUGGGAGAUAUUUUCAUUUGCUCUUCAACCUUACUAUGGGAUGACACAUGAAGAAGUUGUUAAAUUUAUCAAAGACGGAAAUGUUAUGGGCUGUCCUGAUAAUACUCCCAAGUUGGCAUACGAACUUAUGAAGCAAUGUUGGAGUCGAAAGCCAGAUGCUCGUCCAUCUUUCCGUACAAUCUAUCAAGUCUUGGAGAGUGUAAGACAAGAAGUUAUGAGUCGUUUUAGUAAUAUUCCACAACAUGUGCAUUUGUAAGUAGUAUUAUUAUUUUGUAUUUUUGUAUUGUGUAAAAUACCUUUGUAUGAAAACACAUUAUUGAGCUGUGUAUAAAACCAUUGAGCCAACAUUUUAGAAUUUUAAGAUAUUUUUUUAUCAAAAUAUUAGGAAAUGUGAUGGCUAGUCGAUGAAAUAAUAUUGACUUUUUUUUAUUGACAUAUUCGUUGGUUGCCUAAAGACUGUUUUAUUAAAGUAAUUGUUUUUUUCUGAUCUCUUAAGUAUUGUUUUUACAUGGUUAACCCUAAAAAUGAUAGAAAUGGUAAAUGUUUACUUUAAUUUUUUAACUUCAUUUGUUGCAAGUUAGUAACUACUCAACAAUUUCCGUUAGUUUAAAAUAUUGUGAUUGUGAUACUUAAAGAUAUAAUUAAAAUAAUUAUUUUAAAAAUCACUAAUUAACCAUUGAAUUUGUAAUUAUUUCAAAUCAAAACCUUAACUUGUAAAUAAUUU